AGUAGCCACUAGUAGUGUGUUUACCGUGCCAAUAUCAUUCAACAUUUGGCAUCACGUGGCUGUCGGAUACGUGCUGGAGUGUCCGCAAUGUUAAUGUUAAUAUUGCAAUGUCAUUUCAAACAAUACGCGAACUGAAACUGCAAGUAAGGCCGCUCCGGUCGAUUCGAAAAAUAAACGUUUGAAACACUUGUGCUGCGCUCAACAUCCAUCAGCUGUGCGCGCUCCCAAGACCGACAAAUCGCGCUUUCUUUUCGGAGCGGUGGCAUCAACCCACCAUGGCAUUGUCUUCGUGGUAUUUGUUCUUUAUUUUGCCGACGGUUGUGUUCAUCGGUUUGCUUCGCAAAUGCCGCGAACGCACCUGGGGACGAUGCAAGAGCACGACUAACCUGCAAGGUCAGGUAUUUCUUGUUACGGGAGCCAAUUCGGGUAUCGGCAAGGAAACGGUGAAGGAGUUGGCCAAACGAAAAGCCACAGUUAUAAUGGCCUGCAGAGACAUGCAAAACGCUAAAAACGCCAUGGCCAACAUACGCAAUACAAUACACACCGGCGAACUGAUUCCAAUGAAGUUGGAUCUUGCAUCGUUCUCAUCGAUACGAGAAUUCGCCGAUGAGGUGCUAAAAUCUUUCCCCAAAAUCGAUGUAUUGAUCAACAAUGCUGGCGUGUAUGCACCCCUCAAGGAUUGCGCAAUGACAAAAGAUGGUUUCGAGAUCCAUUUUGGAGUGAAUCACCUGGGCCACUUUUUACUUACUAAUCUACUUCUGGACCGUUUGAAAGAGAGUGCUCCCAGCAGGGUGGUAGUGGUCACAUCCAAGCUUUUGGAAUCCGGAGUGAUAGAUUUUUCGAACCUCAAUGGCGAGAAAGGAUUGCCAGUGAAGAGCAGAAUGAAUCCCGGCUAUUGUAAUUCAAAACUUGCGAAUGCAUACUUUGCUAUGGAACUUGCCAAGCGAACACAGAAUACUGGCGUUAACGUUUACAUGGUGUGUCCCGGAUUUACCUAUACCGGUUUGUUCAGAAAUGUGAAGAGAAGUUGGUUCCACUACAUCAUUUUCUCACCCAUUGCUCUCAUGUUUCUACGUACUGCAAAUCAGGGCGCGCAGACAGUGUUGCACUGCGCGACAGAAUCGUCUUUGUCUGAAGAAAGCGGACAUCUGUAUCGUGACUGCAAACUCUACGUUUCGAAAAAAAAUCUGGAUCCCGAGACGGCGCUUCGUCUGUGGGACAUAAGUGCAAAAUUGACUGGCUUGAGAGAGACGGUGAAGUAAGGCGACACGCGCAUUAAUCUGUGUUUUAUUUUCGUGUUGUGUCAAGUAACGUACGUAAUUCAUUUCUCUUGUUCCAAAUGUGACUAGCAUUUAAUUUUGUAUAUAUUAAACACACGUGGGAUAGAGACAGUAAGAGAGGAAUAAAUAUAUAUAAUGUGCCACAUCUUUAAGUUCGCGCUUACAUUAAAUAGUAGUACAGAGAAAUCGUAGCGAAAAGAGACCUUUUUUAUAUACAUAUAUAUAUAUAUUUUAACAUAAGACUAGUGUACAUACAUAUAUAUUAUAUAUAUAUAUAUAUCAUAUAUAUAUAUAUAUAUAUAUUUUUAUAUAUUUUGUUCUUUCUUUUCUAUGCACGCUGACCGUUACAUACACACGUGAGUAUGUGCGUUGCGGCAAUUUAAUGUCCUUAUAUAGUAAUUCUAAAAAAAAAAAAAAGGCCCCUUUACUUGGUGGCGGUCGUUACUUUGAAUUUUGUGUACAACAGAUCGUCGAGAUUGCGCGAUCUUGUUGUAGAAUACGUAAAUUCUUACAAAUCAAACAUGCGUGCCAUGUUAUACGUUUUAAAAAAAGUUUAUGUAAAGAGAGAUCAAAUUUAAAAACCAAAAAUACUCUCUUAGGAACAAACGCACGUCGUCGGUUCUCGAACACUUGUCCACACGUACAAACAAAAAUCUUACCUUGUUCAGUAGGAAAAUGCGUCAAGUGUCAUAUCCGUCGUUGUGCAAACAAAACAUAGUUAUUUUAUUUAGCGGAUUUAUUGAUAUAUUUGUCAUUGUAUAAAUAAAUAAAAUAUAUAUUUUAGGUGU